AUGGCCUCUCAAACCCAGGACAAGUCGCGUCGCGGCUCCUACAUCAGCGACUCCUCCGACCAGACCUCGCUGCGCUACUCGUCCACCGCGGCCCGUGUCCCCGCCCAACCGCCCGCCGGCGAGACCUACCACCGUCGGCCCGAGCUGAUGAACGUGCGGAGGAAGAGAAGCGGCUCCGAGUUCCGGGAGGAGGGUUUCUGCGAUGAAGAGCAGGAAAAGGAAGCACGAAAGGCCAUCGCGCUGGAGGCCGAUAAGGCCCACGUCACCGACGCCGACAUCCUGUCGGACCUGUGCCAGUGGAUCGAGAUGUCGACCGGAGGGAGCAGCAAGGGUACCCGUCUCGCACACAGCUUCGCCCACGCCACCUCGCAUCCGCCCAUCACCAAGCAUUCGCUGAGCGAGCUCGACAUUGGCGCCAUCAUCAACAACCCGAAGCUGCGCCACGACGUCAACUUCGACCGCGAGCUCCACUUUAGGCCAAACUUCGAUGGCGCAAAAGGCAAGUUCAAGCUGAAGACGGCGGAAGAGUAUUGGAACGCAUUGGCUGCCGAGUUGGAGCUCUACACGUUCCUCUUCAACGGCGCCCCGUCGGUGACGCUGCGCAAGGGCGCGACGUGGCCGCGCGUUAUUCAGAUUGCCCAGAGGCGCAUACCGCCCAUGUUCGACACUAUCAGAGACAUCAUCAAGAGCUUGGUGCCAGAGAGGGAUCAGUCGAGGGUGGACGAACAGUUGGACACAAAAAUGCUCAUGCAACAGAUCGAGAAGGGGGUUUGCGACCUGGUCAGCGUGGCCAAAUGGCUCUCGCACCUGCUGAAGGCACACUGCGCUCCCGUGCGCGACGAAUGGGUGGAUAAGAUGGUGGAGCAAAUCGACCUGGGCACAAGAGGUGGCAGUGGUAGAUCGUUGGUCAACGGGUUGAGAGAACUUUUGGGGAUCCUGGAAGCCAUGAAGCUGGACGUUGCCAACCACCAAAUCCGCCAUCUCCGCGCCUUGCUUAUCGAGGAUACCAUCAACUUCGAGCAAAAGUAUCAUUUGGACAGAAUUGCAAGGCGACGCAUCCUGGUCGAGAGGUCACAAUGCUGGUUUGCUCAACACGCAAUCACUUGCCGUAGUAUACCUGCCGAUCGCAACGCUAAGGACCGGGGCUUGAGAGUGAUUGUCCGUGGCCUGCUGUCAUUGUUGACCUCUUCUGAUCGCCAAGGCUCGUUCCCGGAGACGUUUUAUUUGGACUUCGACCGCCUACGUGUCCUGAGGGCCGAGUUCCGUGAUCAGGUGUACCUUGGUGUGGCCACCGACACGUUCAAAUCUCUGCUAAGAAGGAUUGGUUUUGCAAGAUCGGUGCCUGACAACCACGUGCAAGCACUGCGAGAAGCCGUAUCUGCCAUUGUCGUCGUCAAUGAGGUCGCGGGCACAAGCAGCAAUCAGCACUGGCUCGUUAACAUAGAUAAUAUCUCUCUGGAAAUUGUUCGCCAUGCUCUCUCCCUCUGCGGGGCCGAAACGAACUACAAUGCUGAGCUCGUUGACGCAACCGCUGAGCGGCUCCGGCACCUCAUCCGUCCAGAAUUCGGCAUGGUCUUCCACGAGCAAGCCAGCGCUAUGCGCGAGUCCCUAGCAGCCCGUGUGAUGAAAAGCACCGAAUCAUUCGCCUCUUCAUCCCCUGUCGACAUAUUCAACGCCUUGAUCACCUCUCCUACCGCUUCCACGGUCUGCUCCAUCUCGAAUCAAGAAGAGCCUCAAGGCCCGGAAGCCGAAUAUCUCGACGACAUCGCUCGCCGCAUCACACACAUCGCCGUUCUUCACUGGCGCAUCUGGGGCAAUAUUGUCUACUCGCAGACUACCGCAUUCACUACUCUUAUGCGGAAUCCUAUCCCCGAGCCAUCAACAUCCUCUUCGCUUUCCUCUACGGCAACCCUAUUCGACAUCAAUGCUUCUGCAGCGUCCUGGGCCGACGAUGGCUUUGGGACGCCCAGCGCACAAAGCAGUCCGGACCCGGAAGAACAGCACUCUCACCAACAACAAAAUUUACCCCCACAACGCGCCCGGAGAUGGAGCAGUGCCAAUGAAAGGCGCCCUCCAACCACCAGCUCCGCCGAACCAGGUGCUGCAGCACUCUCAGCACCGCCCAGCCAGCAGGGAGGUUCCAACGAACAGCCAGAGGACCAGGGUAGCGGUAGCGCCACUGGCGGCUUGGAACGGUUGGUCUACCGACAGCGUUAA